UUAAUUUAAUAUUUGUUGACGCCCCACGCAAAUUUUCGAACAAUGCUAAAUUAGUUGGCGGCAAACUUUUUGAAAAAUUUAUUAAACUAUUAGGAGAGCAUGAAAUUUUGGACGACAUUGAAUAUUAUACAGAAGAAGAACAAAACGUGGUUGUAUGCGAAAAUAUGCCGAGUACAAGUAAGAAUACACCCGAUGAAUUGGAAGAUUAUGAACCUCCAGAAAAAAUUUCUACGCAUAAAGUAGUGCCAUACGAUACAAAAUUAAAGGUCGUACUGACAGCACAAGAACAUCCACAGUGGUCUUUCAAAACAUUAAAGCAUCAUUUUAGAAAAUAUUUAAACCAUCCUUCUGAUGUUACGAAAUAUAAAAAAGCUGUUUUGUCAGGCGGUACUUUUAGAGACAAAUUAAAUACAAUAAAAACUAAUGUGUACGAUCGCUUCACAGAAGCAAGAAAUAAGAAUCAAUUAGUUACGCGACGUUUGCUUCAACAGUGGGCUAUUGCUGCAGCCGCACAAUAUAACAAGCCAAAAGAAGAACAAGACAGCGAAGAACAUACAAAUGUUUUUCAUUUCGUAGCAUCCAGAACGUGGUUGACCAACUUUUUACACGAUUAUAGGAUAUCGAACCGUCGCGUUGUUCGAUAUGUUUCCAAAAAAGAAGCAAUUACACCAGAAGUUGUCAUAAAAUCAGCGGAACAAUUUCAAACAUUAAUUCAAGCAAUUUCGCCAGAUUACGAUCCCGAUUUUGUAAUUAAUACAGACCAAACAGGAUGUGAGUAUAGAGUUAAUGUUUCGCGAACUUACACGCACACUGGAGAAAAAUUAGUUCAAUUGUACAUAGGCGAUUUAAAUAAAGUUUCGCAUUCAUACACCGCCCAGUAUUCACUGACGAAAUCCGGGAAGUUAUUAAAUAAAGUAUUUGUUUGUUUGCAAGAAUUUUCUGAUAAUUUUGGAGUACGCGUACAA